UAAAAAUAUUAUUAUACCUGGAAACGUAAGCCGCAAUAACUAAAGCCACUCUUUACUUUCUCUAUCCGAAAAAUGUUCUCACUCUAAAUUCUCUCAAAUCUUGCGAACCGAAUAAGUUUCUUGAAAGAACCCAGAAAGUUUCAGUCAUUUCAGGUUUUAUACAUAUUGGAUUGAUUAGAAAAAUGAGCAAAAGCAUAGUUCUACAUUCGGUGUCAUGAAAAAUUAGCCACCUUUAAUUAAUCUCAUCUUGUUGGUGAACUUGCAAAAUGUCUAACAGGGAAGGUAAGAGAGUUUCAGUUGAAGAUAUACAGCUGGUUCAAAAUCUUAUAGAAAGGUGUCUCCAGCUUUACAUGAGCCAGAAGGAAGUCGUGAAUACUCUCUUACUCCAGGCAAAAAUUGAGCCUGGUUUCACUGAACUUGUGUGGCAAAAACUUGAACAAGAAAAUCCCGAAUUUUUUAAGGCAUAUCAUCUCAGGUUGAUUGCGAAGGACCAGAUAUUGCGAUUUAAUCAAUUACUUGAUAGGCAGAUUGAGUUGAUGCAUCAAUUAUAUCCAAAUGUAGUUGCUCCCAUUCCUUUGUCCAAUGGAUCUCAGAUUCAUCCAAUGCACUACAAUUCAGCGUAUCAUACCCCAGAACUUAGCGUACACCAACAAUGUAGUACCAUAACUAAUGCAUACACCAAUGGCGCUUCUUCACUUCAGCCUACCAUACCUAAUGAAUACACCAACGGUGCUUCUUCAUUUCAACCGACAAUACCUAAUGCUUACACUAAUAGUGAAUCGUCAAUUCCACCAUGCAUGCCUCUUGCAGUCAAUAUGGCGGGUCAUGUUGGAAGGACUGAUAUAUCGGCAGACGUGCCAUUGGCUCAGAGGUCAAAUUCAGAAAUUGUGCAAGGAAUGAAUGGAGGGACAAUGAUAUCAGAAGCUAGCCAUGCAAAUCAUCCUCGGUUCAUGUUUGGUGCAAACAGAAAUCUUCAACAACCAAAUACCACAAUAGGAGAAGGAUCGGUUUCAUCUUUCAUUGAUGUCGAGUCUAAUUCACAGGCAUUGAACGAGACUUUCCUGGAUCAAGACAUGAAUUCACUUGGAUUCUUGGGAUCCCGAAACUUUAGUUUUUCAGACUUGACAGCUGACUUUUCUAAUAAUACUGAUAUAUUAAAUUAUUCUAAAUCUCCCUUCCUUGGUAUGAAUUCGAACUUUCCAGAUCCUCAUAUUAGGGGAGAACAAGACAUUAAGAGGCUGAACACUGUAUCAGAGGGGUUCAGUUAUGAAGAUUUUGGCAGUGAUUGAUUGAAUAAUUUUAAUGGGAAAUUACUUUCUAGGAUUGAAGUUACUGUAAAAAGUUUUGUUGAAUUAGUGUGGUUCAUGAUUUCAUCUAUUUGAAGUAAUUGCUGAGGAAUUUGUCAAAGAAACUUGAAAGGAGCAAGAACCGAAAAAAAAAAAAAAAAAAGCACCUUUUUAGUGUUUUCGCUCAUUCUACUAUUCUUUCUUUUAUUCUUAGUACUACUAACAAUCAGGGUUAGUUGAUGUAUAGUAUAAUACUUUUUUCUGCUUGUGACUUUUAUUAUUUUUCAUUGUCAUUGAGAAGAAAGUGAAAGGACUAAUGCUGGAUUUCCAGUGGUCCGACCCUUCAAAAAUAUACAUGCAUUGAUGUUAAGAAUAGUGAAAUCUGUACAUGUAAUGUGAUGUUAUGGUUGGUGUUUGCUUU